AUGUCGCAGCCCCAGCGCGAGGUCAAGGUCGCCAUCGCCGGCGCGACCGGCACCGUCGGCCAGCGCUUCAUCUGCCUCUUGUCGUCGCACCCGUACUUCCGCAUCUCGUCGCUGCACGCCUCGCCGCGCUCGGCGGGCAAGGCCUACAAGGACGUCGUCAAGUGGAAGCAGGCCGUCCGCCUCCCCAAGGGCGUUCAGGACCUCGUCGUCCGCUCGUGCGACGCCGACCAGUUUGGCGACGCCGAGAUCGUCUUCUCGGGCCUCGACAGCGAUGUCGCCGGCGAGGUCGAGGAGGCUCUGCGGAAAGCAGAGUACGCCGUCUUCUCGAACGCGGGCAACUUCCGCCGCGACCCGCUCGUGCCGCUGUGCGUGCCGCUCGUCAACCCGUCGCACUUUGCGAUCGUGCCGCACCAGAAGCAGCAGCUCGGCCUCAAGAAGGGCUUCAUCAUCACCAACGCCAACUGCUCGACGACGGGCAUCGUCGUCCCGCUGCACGCGCUCGAAAAGGCGUUCGGCCCGCUCGAGACGGUCAUGGUGACGACGAUGCAGGCCAUUUCGGGCGCGGGCUACCCGGGCGUGCCCUCGCUCGACAUCCUCGACAACGUCGUGCCGUACAUCGGCAAGGAGGAGGAGAAGAUCGAGUGGGAGCUCGCCAAGAUCCUCGGCGGCCUGUCGGACGACAUGACCGAGUUUGAUUACCACUCGAAGCACCCGAUGAAGGUGUCGGCGCACUGCAACCGCGUCCCGGUCGUCGACGGCCACCUCGAGUGCAUGUCGAUCCGGUUCGCGCGCCGCCCGCCGCCGAGCCCGCAGCAGGUCAAGGACGCCCUCAAGGCCUUUUACUGCGAGGCGCAGAAGAUGGGCUGCCCGUCGGCGCCGCAGCAGGCCAUCGUCGUCCACGAGGCACCCGAUCGUCCCCAGCCCCGUCUCGACCGACACGACGAGAACGGCGCCAACGUGCAUGUCGGCCGCGUCCGAGAAUGCCCCGUCCUCGACCUCAAGCUCGUCGUCCUCAGCUCCAACGUCAACAUUGGCGCCGCGACGAGCUCGAUCAUCAACGCCGAGUACGCCAUCGCCAAGGGCAUCGUCUGAGCGAGACGGGCAACGAUGGGAGAGGAUCGAGGGAGGUCGUACAGUUGCUACUUAGAAGGGCCUCGCAGGAAUCGCAUCGCGCAGUGUCGUCUCC